AUGCGCGCUGAGGCCAUGGGCCUACGUCAACAGCCCAGCACGUUCAAGAUGAACGAUCUUGUGUCCCUGCCGCCUGGCAUUAAGUCCGAAGAUAUCCCUAUUCCGAGCCGAGAAUCCAGUCGCGAGUUCUCUCUGCCGUUCAGGCCUUCUCCAGCUGACCUACUCUUCCCCAGCCCACCAGCCCUGCGUAUUGAGCCUACCGACAUGCCGUCCUGUGUCUGCUACAGAGUUGAGCACCUGUUCUCCAUCGUCUUUGGAGUUCUUUAUGCGAACAAAGACACGGUCAUGGACUGGCGUCAGUAUUGGAACAAAGUACAACGGCUCCUUUCCAAGGAGAACCCUUUGCGGAAGACAGAGGUCACUGCUCAUAAGAUCUGA